GGAGAAAGCAUUUGCUGCAAGAUGGAUGUGAGCAGCAAAGAGGUCUUGAUGGAGAGCCCACCGGACUACUCAGCAGCACCCCAGAGCCGGCUUAAGAUCCCCUGCUGCCCCCCGAAACUGAAAAGCCUUCUCAUCGUGGUUGUGGUGGUCGUUCUGGUCGUUGUAGUGAUUGUAGGGGCCCUGCUCAUGGGUCUUCACAUGAGCCAGAAGCACACUGAGAUGGUCCUCGAGAUGAGCAUUGGUGGGCCGGAAGCCCAGCAACGCCUGGCCCUGAGCGAGCGCCUGGGUGCCACGGCCACAUUCUCCAUCGGCUCCACUGGCAUUGCUGUCUACGACUACCAACGGCUCCUGAUUGCCUACAAAGCAGCCCCGGGAACCUGUUGCUACAUCAUGAAGAUGGCUCCGGAGAGUAUCCCCAGUCUUGAGGCUCUCACUAGAAAAUUCCAAAACUUCCAGUUCAAGCCUGAAGGGCCUACCUCUAAGCUAGGCCAGGAGGAGGGCAGUGACCCAGGCUCAGCAUCCUCCAGGGAACUGGCCCUCCUGGGCAUCACCAUGAACACCCUGUGUGGAGAGGUGCCCGUCCGCUACAUCUAGGAUUCAUCAGGGCCCGUGGAAACCCCGGGAAGGAAGGAAAGACCCG